CAAUUCUUUAAGCUAUGGCUCCUACAAGUUUGUUCUGGAUAGGGAAUGUGUUUUUCGUCUCGUUUCCAUUAGCGAUAUUGGGAAUCGAUCUCAGUAGGCUUUACGGUCAUCUACCAGCUGUUUCGAAGCGCAAUGAGGCUUGCCACCCUUACGAACCCUUCAAAUGCCCUGGUGAUGGGAAUUGUAUCUCCAUUCAGUAUCUCUGUGAUGGAGCACCUGAUUGCUCCGAUGGAUACGAUGAGGAUAUGCGCCUUUGCACAGCAGCAAAGCGUCCACCUGUUGAAGAAACGGCGUCCUUUCUACAAAGUCUGCUCGCGUCACACGGACCGAACUAUCUUGAGAAACUGUUCGGUAGUAAAGCACGAGAUGCACUGGCCCCGCUUGGUGGAGUUGAGAAGGUUGCAAUUGCGCUCAGUGAAUCGCAGACCAUCGAAGAUUUCGGAGCUGCAUUGCAUUUAAUGAGGUCAGAUCUAGAACAUUUACGGUCGGUGUUCAUGGCUGUAGAGAAUGGCGACUUGGGAAUGUUGAAGUCAAUUGGUAUAAAAGACUCGGAGCUUGGAGAUGUUAAGUUUUUCCUUGAAAAACUCGUCAACACCGGCUUCUUAGACUGAGUAUCAUCCGACCUGCCGUAUAGCAAUAGCUUCUAUUAUUUCGUACCCCUGACCCCACAGCUUUACUCCUACCUAGGCUCCCCGGAAGGUUUCACCUUUUGAGCACAGGUUUAUCACCAAACGCACUAAAUUAGUCGGAUUGGAGAGCCAGCUCACAGAACGCUUAGCAAUCCUUACCAAAUUAACACAUAUGUAUGCGAACCGAAUUAGAUACUGUGGACAAAUGAACUGGACAAUCUCCCCUUACGCCUCUCUUGAUACACACCCUCUUCAUAAAUUAAAAAAAAACAACAACAAUAGAAUUUAAAUGCAGUAGAGCCUACGGUUACGAUUGAAAAAAAGCGAUAAACCUUUCGAGAGUAGUUCCAAUUCACGGUAACAAAACUGGAGGGAGUGGGUGCUUUCGAGAGGGCCAUUUUUUAAUGAAUCGCAAAACCCUGACACAAAUCCUGACCCAAUAAAUCAAGCGUAACCUAAGCCUCUACCUCUAACGCGGUGUGUUGUACGCAUUCGCUUCAAUGAAGCAUCCUUUCGGUAGCCUAGAAAAGAGUGAGAAAAUGCGUACAGAACUGUUCUUUAGCUAUAAUUGGAGAACACAUAACGUCAAAAAUGAUGGCGAAAACUUACCAACCCUGGUUGUUAAUGAGCAACUCUUCAAAGAAUGUGAAAACAUAGGCAUUCCUAUUGCCGAUACCAUAUCGAUCACGCAUAUCGAACAAAUUAACGUCCAAUAGUUCCGUAUAGAAGAAUCUCAUAGUUUUAUAAUCUUUUGUUCAUAAUUUCAUGUCGUGCCCAUCGAGAAACUCGAAUGUGCUGCACUUGUCAUAAAGUGACGAAAAAAAAUCAUGUGAAAGUGUCGAAGUUUAUUGGCACAAAGUAAAGCUAGGAUGCGAGUCCUGGGAACCACCAAAUACAUAUCAUUCAUAUAUUUAUAGCGCCAGUGCAUGCUUAUAUACAUUAUACAUUAUAUAAAUAUACAAAAAUCAAAACGAGCACACUAGAGUGUGUAUGAGUGCUAAUACCUUACCAUGAUCCUAAGGGGUUACGCACGCUAAUUCCUACACAUAUCAACGAAAGAUGAGGGCGACAAAGUGAAGUACCUUAAGUAUCGUGCAAUACACUAACGAUUAUAAAGAGAAAACAUGUUUGUAAGAAAGCUUGUUAUGAGAGCAGGGCGUACGUUCAUUACAACAUGAAAAAGAUAUUACAGAAGGUUGACUUGCGUACUGUCGGAAGAUGACGAAAACGAGGGAAGCAGCAACCAACAGGGUUUGAAAAUGACAAAAUGCAUCAACAAAAUGAAAAUAUGAAUGCCAGAAGAAAUUGUAUCGUUUUCAACAAUUUUACGACAACAAUCAUCCCAAUCACCGAUCACUACUGAGCUCUUAUAUAGAACUGAUUUUUCGAGAAAUUGUACUACCCCAUGCAAGGAUGGAUUUUUCAUACGGAAACCAUUUCCAAGGAUUUCAUUGUACACUUUUUUCAGGAUAUAUACACAUGCAGUUACUAUGAAGCAAACACACGUCCCCAUUCACAUAUAUGUAUAUUUACUAUCAAAUCACAAGAACAUUUACUCCACAUAAUUCACUCACCUCCAACCCACUUGUGAAGUUAAAAGAAUACAUCGUCAACAAAACCUGUACGUGUAUAUUUUAAGAUGUAAUAGUCGCUGAUUGUACCAGGAGCAACACCAGCAGCAGAACCUGGAGAGCACUGGCCGUCUUCUAUGGACAUUAAGAACAAACAAUAAAACUGUUGUCUUAUGCAAUUACAAGACAAAACAUCGUGCAACAGGGAAAUAUGACGAUCAGCAUAAAAAGAUCAAAAAUAUAUCUAUACCGGUAUCUUGUG